CGCCCUUGGCGCCAAUCAGACUUACAGAGAAAUAAAACAGUGGCCAUUUCCAUUGAUUGUUUUAUCAGGUUUGCGCUUAAGCCGCCGUUGCUGCUCUUGUCACAGUCACAUUGGUUGGUAUUUGUGCCCACCAACAUCGUCAGUAGCACACUAUCUAUCAUUGUCAUAUUAAUGUAGACCAUUUCUCUGUGCCCGUAGUCACGAUACGAUACUCAUAACUCGGCAGUGGCAGCAGCAGCACAGGGACAAUAGAGGCGUGUUUCUCCUGAGGGGAGCGAUAAGACACAGCGGCAAAAUGGGGAGGAAGUCCAACAGAGCAAAGGAGAAGAAAGCCCGGCGUCAGGAGGAGAGGGCAGCUAUGGACGCUGUCUGUGCUAAGGUGGACGCAGCCAAUAAGCUGGAUGAUCCACUGACUGCCUUCCCAGCUUUCAAGAAAUACGACAGAAAUGGGCUGAACCUACAGAUAGAGUGUAAAAGAGUGACCACCCUCAACCCACUGUCUGUGGAAUGGGCCUUUGAACUCACCAGAGCCAACAUGCAGACACUGUAUGAGCAGAGCGAGUGGGGGUGGAAGGAGAGGGAAAAGAGGGAGGAGAUGAACGACGAGAGGGCAUGGUACCUGCUUGCCCGUGAUGGUGACUCCGCUCCAGUGGCCUUCUCUCACUUCCGUUUUGACGUGGAGUGCGGGGAGGAGGUUUUAUAUUGCUAUGAGGUGCAGUUGGAGAGCAGAGUGCGGAGGAAAGGACUCGGCAAGUUCCUCAUCCAGAUACUACAGCUUAUUGCCAACAGUACACAGAUGAAGAAAGUGAUGCUGACAGUUUUUAAACACAACCAUGGGGCUUAUCAGUUCUUCAGAGAUGCUUUACAGUUUGAGAUUGAUGAAACCUCACCGAGCAUGUCCGGCUGUUGCGGCGACGACUGCUCUUAUGAGAUCCUGAGCCGGCGGACCAAACACGGCGAGGCGUCGGCGGGCCACACCCACGGGGGCGGGCACUGCGGGGGCUGCUGCCACUGAAUCGACUUCAGUUACACCUUUAAGAUUGGUUAAAAAGCAAGCAACUUUCGUGGCUGUGUGUGAAAGCUUGAGCUGCCUGCUGAUUCUACAAACAGUAACGAGUUUAACCGACGGUCUCUGUGGCUGUUAAUGGAGUAUGAAUGAAUGGAGCAUGGAAUACCUGGCUACAGCUGUUUAACAUAGGGUUUGAGAUUUGUGCGUCUUUAUUGUAUUCCUGCCACAAAAGCAGUAUGCAGUGUGAGCUUUCACACAUGGCUCCUGUUUGUUGUUUCCUACGUCUUGGUUCCAUGUACAAACUAUCUUUUUCUCAUUCUUAAUGAUUAUUAGUAGUUUCCAGUCAAGAAAAAGCCUUUUACUGAUUUCAUUUACCACCACAGUCGACCUCAUUCCACCUCACUCUCAUCUCCUAAUGUGCUUUACUGUAUCAAAUCAUUCUGCACUGCUGCUUGGUCGAAAGUAGUAAAUGAAGUUGAUAAGUGAUGCUCAAUCCACGAUAUUGUCACUGAGGGAAAAUCGGACUUUGUAAAGUUUCCCUGGGAUCUCGCACUGAGACUGUUUGCUUGUUUCACUGAAUCAGGAAUCCCGGGAUUAGAUCAAGUUCAUUUCCCCUAAACGGCGUCAGAAGCCCUGCAAUAUUUUUAACACAGGUUAAUAUGCACACAUGGCUUGUUACUUAUUUUUUUAAAACAAAAGCACUGCCGCAGCUGCACUGUUUUUGAACCAUGUUUGUCAGUGAAACUACUGUUACAUGAUUACAGUACAUUAUUAGCAGUCGCCCACUUCUCUGUUCAGGUGAUAACUAUAUUAGUGUCUCCCCUGCUUUUAUUCUUUUGUAACUUAUGAAACAAGACAUUCAAGGUUUUCAUCAUGAGGACUUUUUCUUCCAGUGACUUGAGUUUAAAAAAUACCUUAUUUCUCAUUGUCUGUUGCUGUAAAUCUGCGUCCAACACAGAAAGUAAACUUUGCUUUAACCCAC